AUGGCUUCGUUCGAUGACUUGGCCUUCACGCGUUCAUCCCCAGCAGCUGCAGGUGAAGAGCUCUUUUGCCGAGACUGCAACGAAGUGGCACGAGCGACGACGACGGAUGGCAAACGAUGUUUGAUCUGUGGCCGUGAGCUCGAGCGUCAACAGCCAGCUUCGCUCGAGCAGAAUGGCUUGGGGACCACGUUUGACGGAGCUGCAGGAAGUGUGCAGGAGCUGCAGACUGUGGUGAUGCAAUUGCUGAGUCAGAUCGGUGGCGACUGGAAUGGCGUGGAUACGGGAGCGAGACGGCCUGCGUCGGAGGAAGCCGUGAAAAACUUGGGGUCUUUUGUUGCCGAUCAGGCGGCGACCACUGAAGUGGCAGUCAUUGUGAAGGGCAUUAAAGGCGAAGUCAUCGCUAUCCCAGGCAACUUUGGCCCGUGUGAGUCGAUUGAGAAGCGCAAUGUGAUCAUUGCUGAUCCUUUUGACGGUGCCAGCCCAUUUCGAAACGCCCAAGCGAUGAAGGAUCAGAUCGUGGUGAUGUCGCGAGGCGGCUGUACAUUUGCUCGCAAGGUUCUGCGCGCACAAGCCGAGCAUGCUGCAGGCGUGAUUAUUAUCCAAACAGUCGAUGUGUGGCCGUACACGAUGACUGAUUCCACCGGUGAAAGCCAGAACGUCAACAUUCCUGCAUUCAUGAUGAGUUCGAAGCAUGGCAAAGGCUUUGUAGAGUAUCUCCGUGGCAAGCACGACGAAGACGUUUCUGCCGAUAUCGUUGUGCGGAAAGAUGCACUCGAGUGCAUCAUCUGUCAGGUGGAACUGUCAAUUGGCAUGAAGGUCACGCGGAUGCCGUGUCAGCACAUGUUCCACACGGCGUGUCUGCAUGAAUGGCUGCAAGUUGGCAAUUCGUGUCCCAUUUGUCGCGUGGAGAUUGCUGCAAAACGCACACGUCAUAAUGAUGCAGUAAAUGCCCAAAAUGCGCAGCAACGCGGCGAUUUUGCGUGGAGCGAGUGGUUUUCUUGA